UCUAUCACAUUUAUUGAGGAUAUGAUAAACAUAUCAGACUUAUCUGAUAAAGAUCUCCGAAGCCUGCUCUUUGAACAUGGUAAAACCCCUGGUCCCAUUACCGGCACCACCAGACGAGUAUAUGAACUCCAGCUCCAGUCCCUACUGACUGCUGGGGCUGGAUCUGCCCGGGCUACUGCGGACAAGAAGAAACGGAGGCAAACUUUGGAUACACUUAGGACGACAGAGAAACCGAAAAUGGAGCCUAGGAGGUCGGAGAAGUUCAUUCCAAAGAUUCCAGCGUCUCUGAACAUAUCAGACUACUCGGACACGGAGCUCCCGGAGUUGAGUCUGACCCCCGAGUUAGAGACCCCUGAACCACCCCAAAGCCUGGUCUUCUCCAACUCACCCCGACCCACUAGAAGGAGAACUACUCGGGACAGAGAAGGCAGGGAUCUAAGUCUCUUUAGUGACAACGAGGAUGAAAAGAAGCCAGACAGGAAGAAGAAAUUGCCAGCCGAGAGUAAACAUCUAUCAGGUUGGUGGAGCGUUCUAGCGGUGGUGGUGGUGGUAGCCGGUACUCUUGCUACCGCGUAUUAUCUGGUCGAGCCUGAUGAGGAUUCUUCUAUAGCACCUCCCUGUUUGAACCUAACCAUUGAAUAUAUGACCGUGGGACAGUGUGACAGGCUCUUCCAAAAGCUUUCCAAACAAAAGUUUGAAGUGGACAAGUUUUCAGGGGAAGUAAUGUGUGGGGAUAAAGAAGGUGAUCUCCAUCUUCCGUCACCGGCUGGUGGAAUGGAACGGCAACUUCUCUUCUUCCUGCGAGAUGAUUUCAAUUACAGCAUUUAUUCCAAGAAGGAGGAUACUUACUUCGAGUUAGAAGGUGAAGCAGAAUUAUCCUCAUUUAACCCCAAAGCAGAAGCCUUUUUCUUCAGCACGAAAACCCCGCAUAUUUCAUGGUUUUGUCGUGUGUCUCAAGUUUUGAGCAACUUCGCAUUCUACAUUCUAACAUCAGCUGCAAUCUUAGUCAUGGCCCAAAUUGCUCACAAAGUCUACCAGUGGAAGAGGGCUAAAGAAAAGCAGGCGAUGGGAGAAAUGUUCGAGUUGAUAGAUCAGAUAAUAGAGGAGCUGCAAAGGAAUUACAGCAAAUACCAAACAGACCCAGUCAACUACGUGCCGUACGUGGCUAUCCCCCACGCCCGAGACCGGCUCCUCCUGCCCUCCGAACGGACUGCAAUGAAACACAUCUGGGAAAGGGCUGUCCAGUUUAUUGCCCAACAUGAGUCCAGAGUGCGUGUGGAGAUGCGACGGGUACAGUCUGAGGAUUUCCCUGUGUGGUACUGGUUAGAAGCCAGUAAAUCACCUCCAGCCCAACCAGAUAGCACCUCCCCAGAUUUCCUAUACCCUGACUUGGACUCAGAACUCCCCAUGGAAAAGGGUAAAACUUCCACAGGAUCGUAAGUGAAACAUGUGAGACCCACAAAUGUUAACGAUAUUAACGUUAAGAUCAUUUAUCAUUUGGGUCGUGCAAUAUAAGUUUAGUUAGUUAACAUAUUUAUUUUACCUCCUUUUUGCUUAUUUAAUGUUAGCUGUAGAUAAUUUGCAACUUAAUUGCAAAUAUAAAUCCGAUAUUGAUGAGAUUUUUGAGAUGUUGUAAAGUUUUUGGUCGACUUAAAACUAAAGCUAAUGCUUUGAUCAUAUUUGGGAAGAGAAAACAAUUUGGUUAUGUUAAUUUUCCGUUAUGAUAUGUUCUAUUUGAACUCGUGUGCUUAGUAGAUUCAAAACUAUUAAACCAAUUUAGAAUUUUGUGGUAGUAGACAAGAAGCCUGACAGAGUGGCGGAAUUCCACUGUAAAGUUCUAUCGAAACGUACUGCGGUGGAAUUCCACAGUCAACUGGAGAACUGGUAUCAAAUAGCGCAUGAUGUGAGCCAGAUAAUGCUGAUUUAUUUAAUCUCAGAAACCUCCGCUUGCAUU